UGAAUAUACAGUAGUGGAAGGAGCCUGAGUCUGUUUUUCGUCUCUGACUCGAGCUCAGCGGAACCUGGAGGUUGAAUCCGUCAACAUCAGGCCCGAGUUCAACAUCUGGAUGCUACCAGACAGAUAGGAGGCGUUUUCUCUCACACACACACACACGCACGCGCACGCACACACACACACACUGCACCGCUCCCCCACCGACAACAUGGAUCUGCACAUCUUGGACCACAGACUCCGGGUCACCAGCAUAUCCAAGAACGGGCUGGUGAAUUUCACACACCCGCUCAUAAAGCUGAUCUUCCUCCGGAACAGGACACGAUGCAAGUUUUUCAGCCUGACAGAGACGCCAGAGAACUACACAGUCGUCCUUGACGAGGAAGGAUUCAAAGAGCUUCAGCCCUCGGAGCACCUCAAGGUAGAAGGCUCCAUCUGGCUGCCGCUCAACGUGGUCUCCAACGGUAACGCCUCCAGCAGCUCACAGGCUGUCGGCGUGACCAAGAUCGCCAAGUCGGUCAUCGCCCCUCUGGCCCAGCAGCACGUCUCGGUCUUCAUGCUGUCCACGUAUCAGACCGACUUCAUCCUGGUGCGAGAGAAGGACCUGUCUGUCGUCGUCAGCACUCUGGAGGAGGAGUUCAACAUCUACAGGGAGUUGGGAGGAGAGUCGGAGCCGGUGCACUGCCAGGACGUUUCCGGCUGCCUCCAGAAGAACGGCAAAGAAGCGAUCCUGCCCACUGUUCAUCCGGUGCUGAUCCCCCAGAACCACUUCUGUGUCAUGUCCCUGGACCCGGACACGCUGCCGUCCAUCGCCACCACGCUCAUCGACGUGCUCUUCUACUCCAGCAGCCCUAAAGAGGACACGCACUCGUCUCCCAACCAGGACUUAGACUGCAUCAAGUUCUUCUCCUUCUCCCUCAUCGACGGCUACAUCUCACUGGUGAUGGACACCGAGGCUCAGAGACAGUUUCCCGCGGACCUUCUCUUCACCAGCUCCUCCGGGGAGCUGUGGAGGAUGGUGCGUAUCGGUGGACAGCCGCUCGGCUUCGAUGAGUGCGGUAUCGUCGCCCAGAUAUCUCAGCCUCUCGCAGACAGCGACAUUUCCGCCUAUUACAUCAGCACCUUCAGCUUCGACCACGCGCUGGUCCCUGAGGAGGACAUAGUGAGUGUGACGGACAUGCUGCAGCAUCAGAGGAAGGAACCAGCCGCCAGCUGAUCUCUGAAGUCCCAUUUAAGACCCCACCCCCACCCAUACCCACCCUCUCACUCUCCCACAUCAGUGGUAGUGGGGCGGCAGAGCAGCAGGAACGGGGGGGCGGGGGGGUUAACUCUGUGCCUAGACUAGCGCUGCAUCUCCGGCAGUAUUAACACCCACGAACUUACGAACACCAGAAGCACCGCUUCUUCGUGGCGUGCGCGUUGGGUCUGCCUGUGCGGCCUCCUGUCUUUACCUUUCCGAGGCUGGAUGCACUGAGUCGACGGGGGGCCCACACGCUCACACAUGCACAAUCACUCCACAACACACACACACACACACACACACACACACACACACACACACACACACACACACCUGCACAUUCAAACUCACAAGCACAAAGUCGGAUAAAGGGGCUCGUAUGAAAGACUCAUUCUCUAAUGCAGGCGCUGAGAUCUCAUGGACCGUGUGGUUACAUUACUGCAGAAUAUACUCACACACAUUUGACCAGUGCUAUAAACAAACAAUUGUAGUCUUCCAGUAAUUUGUAUAAUCAUAACGCCAUGUGUCUGAGCAACCCUUUUUCUUUUUUAAUCCAACGCCUUCAUAAUAGGUGCAAUUUUGCAAAACAGCGUGAAAUACGAGGCAGUUGUUUUCAUGCAAAGGAAAACUGAUCGUUUUAUUAUUUGAUCGUGUUGGUCUGAGAAGAAUGUGCAGGUAGUUCUACGAUAUUAAAACGACUCAAUGCAGUCUAACAGGAGACGUGGUCAGUAUUUUGUUUUUCAGGAGGUCAGCAUUUCUUAACUAUAGCAGUACCCGAGGUCAAUAACACUAUGUCUUAUUUCUUUUGUUAUUUGCACAAUAAACUUUUAGUUUAGCUAGUAUCACGUAGACGUUUUCUUUGGUACAACUACAUUUUGUACAUUUUGAAGUAAAAGUAUUCUGUAAACAUUUGUAAUUUUUGUGCUGCUUCGUUCAAUAAAGAAUAUUCGAAAUACC